AUGCGAAAACCAACAGCACCCAUUCCCUCGCCCUUUGAGUCUUCCAUUGCGAAGCCAGGGCAGGGCAAAGUGGUCCUCUCUCUCCUCCCACCAAACAAUCCCACCCUCACAACCCUCACCUACAAAUACCCAUUGAAGCUGGUCCCGCGCACUGGCGGCUUCGUCCCAAGCCCAGAUUCCUCCGUUCUUUCAGACACACGUCCCUCCAACCCCGUCCACCUCUACCUCCUCACCUAUGGCGGCGGUCUCUUGCCAGGGGACCACAUCGAAGUGUCCAUAACCCUCGAACCGAAGACGCGAAUGGUGGUAACAACGCCCCAGGGCAGCACCAAGAUCUUCAAAACGACCCCAAAUAAUGCCGGCACGACCCCAAACGUAAUCAAAGGCCACCGUGAUCAAAUGCCCGCAAAUAUCCACAUCUCCGACAUGAGCCAGCAAUCCCUAGACGUCAAAAUCGGCCGCCAAGCAGCCCUCUGCUACCUCCCCGACCCCUCUGUCCCCUUUCAACACAGUCGCUACGCCCAAGUCCAAAUCUUCACCGUAGAUGCCACCGCAAAAGGCAGCGAUCGCAGCAGUCUCUGUGUCCUAGACUGGGUAACGCAAGGCCGCACCUCGCGCGGCGAGGACUGGAACUUCCACUUCUGGCGCGGCCGCAACGAAGUCUGGGCCGAAGACGAUCAAGGCAAACGCCGACUCCUCCUCCGCGACUCGGUAAUCCUCGACGAUGAAUCGGGAGACCUGGACGCAACCCCCGUAUCCAACGAAAUCGAAGUCGAAGACGGAGCCAAAGAUGAAGUCGAAGACGCAGCGCACGACAGAAAUACCGCCCUAUCAAAACCCGCUGACAUGCCGCCGCAGGCGCCGGCUGGGCUAACACCGCUGAAUAUCAUCGCGGAGCGCACGCGGCCACACGGCGUUGUCGGCACGCUUAUCCUUUCUGGCCCUGUGUUUGAAGCGCUGGGUUCGUUCAUGCUAAAGCAGUUCCAGUCGCAGCCUCGAAUUGGCAGCCGUAAUUGGUCGGACCAUGCGGCGUCGUCCGUGCCUGAGCCAUCGCUUAGCCAUAAGGGUGAUGUUACUUGGACGGCUGCGCGCGUGCGCGCUGGCUUUGUGCUUGUCAAGUUCGGUGCUAAGGACUUUGAGACUGCGAAGCACUGGCUUGGUGGAUUAAUUCGGGAAGAAGGGAGUGUUAUCCGCGAGUUCGGUGAAGAGGCGCUCUGCUGUCUAUGA